GGCUGCAAACGGCGCCGGCGACGGAGGCAGGAAGGCGUCACCCAUUAUACUUCAUUCACACCCCAUUAGGUCUCUCAGCUCGCACCCCGCGCAUUCGCGAUGGCGGUGCAUUUCUGGCGCCAGGAUCCCGUUCCCGGUUCGGAGACGCGAACCAACUGCGCCCGACCCUCGAGCCUCGGCGCUGGCCUUGCUGGCCUUGCUGGCCUUGGCUCGCUCAUGCUGUCGUGGCCUCCUUCCUCUCCCUCCAAACCCCUGAACUCCCUUCCUCCUCACCUUCUCAUCGUUCUUCCUACUCCUAACGCAAUUCUCAACUCACCAUGACGGUACAACGACAGUCGCGCUUCUCCGGGGCGGACCAGGAAAGCGUCAAUACGCUCCUCCAGGCUUGCACGGUUAGUGCCAUUGAGGAG